AUGUUAGCAGUUAAUGCAGCAGCAGUAGCAAAUGCAGCUGCAACAAGUACAAGCAAUAAUGUAGCUGGACCAACGACAUCAUCCGCAACAACAGCAUCAAUAACAAAUCCUGCCACCAACAAUAGCAACAACAACAACAACGUAAACAACGCAAAUAGCAAUCCGUCAAAUGUAGUAGUACUCUUUGAAGGGCCGUCAUGUAGUAAAAAUAUCAUAAAUACAACUGGGACAGAGGCAACACAACGUAAUUUAACGUCACCACUUUCAACAACAUCGGUUUCAUCGGCAAUUUCAGCAACACCUACUACAACAUCCGCAGCCUCAUCACUGACCUCUUCAACUGGUUCGUUUUCUUAUGGGUAUGUCAGCCAGCAACAGAUAGAUACAACAGCUGGAACAGUAGCAACAUCGUCGGCUUCCUCGUCCUCGGCAGCAACAUUGCAAGCACCACCAGGUCCAGGCCCAGGCAUUAGUAGUGUAGUUAAUAAAAAUGAUACAAAUACUGCAACAUCUGCAGUUGUGGCAACAGCUGCAACAACUAUGUUGUCCGAUGCAUAUCAUCAUCAACAAAUGCAAUUACAAUUGCAGCAACAAUUCGAACAACAUUAUCAGAUACAAAACUACUACCAUCAAGCCCAACAGCAGCAGCAAAUACAACAAUAUCAAGAUUUCUAUGACCAACAGAUGUAUUUACAACAGCAGCAGCAAACGCAGCAAAAUCAAUUAUUGUAUUCGAAUGAGCAACAGCGCCAUCUGUAUAAUGUGGCCGCUGUUGCAGCCGCAGCUGCUGCUGCCAAUGUUCGACCACAGCCUCCGCCUCCCCCACCACCAAUGCCAGCAGCAGCACCGCAACAAUCGCUGGUGUUAAUGGCUGGCAAUGCAACAGCAUCCGCAGCGUGUUUAACAAAUGUCUCAAAUGCAGCUGGUACUGCAACAACCACAAGCGCCAAUAACAACAACAACAAUAAUAAUAAUACAACAACAUUUACACCACAAACCAUUAAUUUCGUUAACGCCCCCAAUGGUGGCACAAUAGCAAUGGAUUUUCAAAAUUAUCACCACAAUCAUCAUCAUCAUCAUACACAAAUGCAUACAACAGUAACAACAAACACUACAAAUAUUGCUGCUGGUACAGCUUCUUCAUCAUCGACAUCAUCCGCGUCAGGCUCCUCAUCGUCACCAUCCUCAGCAUCAUCGGUAUCAUUAAAUCUACAACAACCAUCGUUUGUAACCACUCCUCCAGCUGUUGCUGUUGUUCAUCCUCCAUCAACAUCAUCACUUCAAACUGUAAAUCAACAUAAUCACCACCACCACCACCAUCAUCAGCUGCAGCAACAACAGCCGCAGCAGCAGCACCACCACCAACAACAACAUCAUCAUCAUCAGCAACAACAACAGCAGCAACAACAGCAUCAGCAUCAUCACCACCAACAACAACAACAGCAACAACAUCAAUAUCAUCAUUUGUCUCAACUCAGCCACUAUCAUCAGCAACUUUAA